GGGAGAUCGCUAUAAAAAGAAGCUGCAGGUUGGUCAGUUGUCAGAGCACAGAAGCGAAAGCGGUAAAGUUGCCAACUGCAGUUAGUUAUCCUUUUGCGUCGCCGAAAAUAUUCGAUGAAUCUGUCAAGCCUUUUCCUUCUGGCCCUCGUGGCAUCCGUCGCUAUCAGCGCCGGAUCUGCCCACAGAAUAAGCCGGCCAGUGCCUCCAAAGGAGCCGUGUCAGGCCACUACCACCAGGCCACCCUGCAGUCGGACCACCACUCCACCAUGUGAGAAAAUAAGCACCACAACAACAACACCAGAACAGCCACCUUGUGAGCCUACAACUACCACAACACCACCUCCAUGUGAGACAACAACCACUACCACUACUACAACAACUACUACGACAACAACUACCACUACAACGACCACCACGACCACCACAACCACAACUACUACAACCACAACUACGACCACGACAACAACAACGACAACAACACCAGAACAGCCCCCCUGUGAGCCAACCACCACUACAACACCAGAUGAGCCCCCAAAAGAGAUAACAACCACAACAACACCAAAGCCAGAAGAGCCCUGCGAGCCCACGACCACUACAACACCAACUCCAGACCAGCAACCAACAACCACCACAACACCUUCUCCUUGUGAGACGACAACCACUACCACUACGACAACCACUACUACAACGACCACCACUACCACAACCACGACUACAACUACUACAACCACAACUACUACGACCACAACUACAACUACCACAACUACUACAACCACAACUACGACCACGACAACAACGUGUUCCCCAACAACAACGACAACAACACCAGAACAGCCCCCCUGUGAGCCAACCACCACUACAACACCAGAUGAGCCCCCCAAAGAGAUAACAACCACAACAACACCAAAGCCAGAAGAGCCCUGCGAGCCAACGACCACUACAACACCAACUCCAGACCAGCCUCCUUGUGAGCCAACAACCACCACAACACCACCUCCUUGUGAGACGACAACCACUACCACUACUACAACGACCACCACUACCACUACCACAACAACUACUACAACCACAACUACAACAACCACAACUACCACAACCACAACUACCACAACCACAACUACGACCACGACAACAACACCAGAACAGCCCCCCUGUGAGCCAACCACCACUACAACACCAGAUGAGCCCCCCAAAGAGAUAACAACCACAACAACACCAAAGCCGGAAGAGCCUUGUGAGCCAACAACCACUACAACACCAACUCCAGACCAGCCACCUUGUGAGCCAACAACUACGACAACACCACCUCCUUGUGAGACAACAACUACUACCACUACGACAACAACCACAACCACUACCACAACAACCACAACUACUACAACCACAACUACUACAACCACAACUACUACAACCACAACAACUACAACCACAACUACGACCACGACAACAACGUGUUCCCCAACAACAACAACGACAACAACACCAGAGCAGCCGCCUUGUGAGCCAAUAACCACCACAACACCAACCCCAGAACAGCCACCCUGCGAGCCAACAACUACGACAACACCACCUCCUUGUGAGACAACAACCACUACCACUACGACAACAACCACAACAACGACAACCACUACCACAACAACCACUACGACAACAACCACGACAACAACUACAGAAAAGCCACCAUGUGAGCCAAUUACCACAACACCAACUCCCUGUGGUAGAACCACUCCUCCCCCAAAGGCUCCCUGCAGUCGCACCACAACUUCUACACCAUCUUGCGAACAGACAACAACACCGGCCUGUGAUGAGAGUGCACCCGCUAAGCUGGCAAGCAAGCCUGUUAAGGAUAUCCUUGCUAAGCCGAGCAGCUCCAUCAAAGCCACCGUCUCAAUCGGGACCAGUGCCAUGUGCGCUAACCGCGCCGAAGGAACCAUAAUCCAGGACCCCAAUCACUGCAGGAGGUACUACGAAUGCCGCGGCGGACGUCGCCUGUUGCGCAAGUGCCGUUCUGGUCUGUGGUACGAUUCGGAAGCUGGAGAGUGCCUGCCACGCAGCCAGGUCUUGAACUGCGCAGCCCAGCGUAACUAAGGAUCUUUUGACCAUUUUGAGUCACUUGGAAUGAGGCCAGUGCUUGCAUUGACCCUUUGUAUUCGUAACCAACAGUAACCACCUACUCAAUAAACAGCAUAUAAAUCAUAA